AUGCUCCGGCUGCUGAGUGCUCUCAUGCUUGUGGCCCUUGCCUCAGGCUGUGGCCAGCCUGCCUUCAGCCCCUCCAGCCGAGUUGUCAAUGGUGAGGACGCUGUUCCUUACAGCUGGCCCUGGCAGGUCUCCCUUCAGUAUGAGAAGGGAGGGAGCUUCCACCACACCUGUGGUGGCACCCUCAUUGCUCCUGACUGGGUUAUGACCGCAGGCCACUGCAUCUCGAGUUCCCUCACCUACCAGGUGGUACUGGGCGAGUAUGAUCGAGGCGUGGAAGAGGGCCCAGAGCAGGUGAUCCCUGUCAACCCUGAUGGUCUCUUUGUGCACCCCAAGUGGAACGCCAAUUGUGUGAGCUGUGGCAAUGACAUCGCCCUGGUCAAGCUCUCAAGAAGCGCUCAGCUGGGAGACAAGGUCCAGCUUGCCUGCCUCCCUCCUGCUGGUGACAUCCUUCCCAACGGAGAUCCCUGCUACAUUAGUGGCUGGGGCCGUCUUUACACCAACGGGCCUCUCCCUGACAAACUGCAGCAGGCCCUGCUACCUGUGGUGGACUACGAACACUGCUCCAAGUGGGACUGGUGGGGUUUCUCCGUGAAGAGGACCAUGGUGUGCGCUGGCGGGGAUAAACAAUCUGGCUGCAACCUCAGAGCCCACUCCUUAUCCUUCAGACACCUUUUCUCACCAUUGCAGGGUGACUCUGGAGGACCCCUCAACUGCCCCACUGAGAACGGCACCUGGCAGGUCCAUGGUGUGACCAGCUUCGUUUCUGGCUUGGGCUGUAACACUCUAAAGAAGCCCACGGUGUUCACCCGUGUCUCAGCCUUCAAUGACUGGAUCGAGGAGACCAUAGCAAACAACUAGAACCGAGACUUGGCUGGCAGUACCGACCCCCGUCCUCUAAAGAAUAAAGACCCUUUCUAAAAGUU